CUUCGAGUAAAACUUUUUUUUACCGUGUAACGUACAGGCAAGCGCGUGCGAACCGCUUCGGAAACCGGCGUCUGGCCGUGUGAACGCGAGAACCGAACUGUCGUGAAACGCUUUGAUGAACGCUUUGUGCCGCGUUUUAACCUUUUAAAAGCGUUGAAAUCUGGGCGAAACGCGGGACGCAGAGCAAAAAUGAACGUGAAGGUUAUUUCGCGGGAAUGCGCGCGCGCUGCUCCCUGGCCUUACCUCGUGAAGCGCCAAGAGGCUUUUCUCUCUUGUGUGGCGUUUGAUUAUUGAUUGGCGCGGCGCAUUGACGCUCUAUACAGCGGGCUGAAAGGAAGAGCAGCGCCGGAACGAUGAGACUCCAGUAACUUCUGCGUGACCUCUACAUGACAAAGACGGUCUCCAUCAAUUGUCUGCUGGCUUUAUGUGACUCUUUUUGUGCCUCGGGCCGUUUUUUAUCUUUUGUCUUGUUUUGUUUUUACCAGUCAAAAUCCCUCGGUUGGGUUUGAUUUAGCUUGGUUGAAUAUUAAUUUACCAAACGCGCCACAGAAAAGUGUUUCUACGCGAUAGCGACGAUGGGGCUUUGUCAUACCCAAACAGAUGCGUUAUUGUGUGUGUGUGUGUGUGUGUGUGUGUGUGUGCGCGCGAUUUCCCAACACAGAUCGGGUAUCGAAUCAAUCCCGUUUUAUAUUAUAUCGUUCCCGUCCUAAUUGAGGGACAAUGUGAAGUUUGUGAAAUCAAGUACUAGGUGCGCGCAGCUGCUUUCUCGGUUUGAUGAAGUCCCUCCGCCUCGAUUGGCCGAGCCGGUCACAUGGUAGCCCAACUUUAUUCAGUUGACAGCAAGUAGGAGGGCUUUAUGGAGGGAGGAAAAAAAGACAACUCGAGAAAAAUUAGUAUUUCCUACCUUCAGAAAUUAAUGGCCAUGAGUUCGUACAUGGUGAACUCCAAGUAUGUGGAUCCAAAAUUUCCUCCUUGCGAGGAAUAUUCUCAGAACAGCUACAUACCCGAGCAGAGCCCCGGCUACUACAGUCCGUCGCAGGACGCUGAUUUCCAGCAUCCCGGAAUCUAUUCACGGUCAAACUACUCUGAACAGCCUUACAGUUGCAACACCGUCCAGGGCUCGUCGGUGCAGGCGCGGGGUCACGUGCAGGAUCAAGCCGGCCACCCGAGCCCUUACCCCGCACAGACAGAGCGGUGUCCCGCGGUCCAGGUGUCCGGACCGAGGACCUGUGGACAGCAACAAAACACAAAGAGCCAGAACGGGACACCGGCCAAGCAGCCCGCCGUAGUUUAUCCGUGGAUGAAGAAAGUGCACGUUACCACGGUCAACCCGGAUUACACGGGAGCGGAACCCAAACGUUCCCGGACAGCCUACACCAGACAGCAAGUGCUCGAACUGGAAAAGGAGUUUCAUUUUAACAGGUAUCUGACCAGACGGCGCCGCAUCGAGAUCGCGCACACCCUCUGCCUCUCCGAGCGACAGAUCAAAAUCUGGUUUCAGAACAGAAGAAUGAAAUGGAAAAAGGAUCACAAACUUCCUAACACGAAAGGGAGGUCGGCGUCGGCCGGAACCCAGCACGCGCAGCACGCUCAGAAGGACGGCCAGACAGAGAUUACGACUUUAUGAGCGGAUAUCUCUCCCUCCCGCCAGAUGUACAGAUGAACUGUAUGUAAUAGACAGUGACUUCGUUUGACAUUGCACGGUAGCGAAUCAUGUCAUGUUGGGUACAAGUGCCAAAAAAACCGAGAAGCGGAAGCGCGCGCUUUGACUAAACGCAGCGUAAAAGCUGCUACGAAUUCAAAUCCCAGAUAUUUCCGAUAUUUCCAGUAAACCUCUGUAACCGAGGCAGAGAGGACGCGAGGCAAACAACAUGCCACCACGAGGUACGGUAAAGAGAGAGAGAAAAAAAACCGACUGCAAAGCUUACGCCGUUUUACGCAAACUCGCCAAAUUUUUGUUUUAGAGCAUGGAUCGUUUUAGUGACCACAUUUACACUCCUUCUUCUUCUUCUUCUUCUUUUUUUUAAAGUCUCUGUAUAUCACCCGUGCCCUCUUUUUGAAAGCGUUUAAAAGUUCACGCCUGUGGCGAGUCGAUUUAUCCCGACCGAAAUAUUAAAGCAACUUCCAGCAUAUAAUAAAUUACGAAUGUAUUAGGUGUUUUUUUUUGUGCUAAAGUCGACUGGGUGCAAGGGAUGAAAACGGAAUAAAAUUAGUUAGGAAUAAAGGGAGGGGGGGGGAUCGUUGCCUGGGAAAUUAUUUAUUUGUAGACUGAAAAACUGAAGAAUUUUCCUCCCCGGCCUCGUUUAUUUGCGCGCGCCUCGUUAAUGGUUUACUUUCUAAAACGCUGCGUUUCGGUCGGUUUUAUCACGUUUUCUACAAUUUUCGUUAUACGCGUUUUACAUCUGUUUAUUGCAACUUUUGAAAAUCUCCUAUUUAAUCGGAACAAUGUCUCUUUUUGACACGAAUAUUUCAUGCCUUAUGCUCCACUAUAAAUCCCGGCCGACGUCUUUGUACACAAUAUAGCUCCAGCUGCAGAAGCGGUGUUUCUGUCUUCCAGAUGUUGCUUGAAAUUCUUGAAAACCUGUUUUGUUUUUUGUUUUUUGUUUAAAUCUUGCAUUUCGGAUACACGUUCAGCCCUCGAGAUGUUUGAACCUUCUAUUUAUUAAAUAUGUUAAAGCUUUAUGUUCUACGUGAACGUAAGUGUCCGUUCAAUAAUUUUCAGUUUUUUUAAGUUCAUAAAUAUAUGUAUAUAUUUCUGUAUAUUGUGCAUAUUUUCUACAGGCAUAUUUUGCGGUAAUUAAAUAAAUAAUAUGCAGAGAG